GUUCCAUGUUUGUAGUGGGCUGCUCCAUGGGUCCACUGCUGCACUACUGGUACUCCUGGUUGGACAGGGUCUAUGUGGGCAGAGCCAUGCACACAGUUGGCAAGAAGGUUCUGGUGGACCAGCUGAUUGCCUCACCAACAAUUGGCUUGUGGUAUUUCUUAGGUAUGGGCCUGACGGAGGGACACACUUUAUCCGAAGGAUGGGAGGAGUUCAGAGAGAAGUUCUGGGAAUUUUAUAAGAUGGACUGGUGUGUCUGGCCUGCCGCUCAGAUGAUCAACUUCUAUUUCCUCUCGCCUAAAUUCCGUGUCCUGUACAUCAACGUGAUCACUUUAGGGUGGGACACCUACCUCUCCUACCUCAAACACAGAGUAAGUCAACCAAACAGCAGAUUAAAGUGUCAUUCC